AUGUUGGGUGUAUCACAAAAUGAAGCCAAUUCUACAGGUGGUGAUACAACGAAAUCACAAUCAUCGAACCGAGCAUUAUCUGACUCCAUAACAAAACGUACGCGUAUACAAGCAGUAUUUUCCUCGCGGAAUACUCCUAAUGAAAAGAAGCCAAAUGUUACAGUGACAAAUACUGCUGGAGUAUUCGCUCAGAUAGCAAACAAUACGUCUGGUCCCGGUGGUGGUGGCAGUGGCGGUGAUGUUAAUGACGAAAUAAAUGAUGGCUUGACAGAACCACAUGUCGUUGCUGCUCUUGCUCAACAUGCAAGUGCGGCUUCUCCCGUGGCUUCGAUGAAUUUGCCAUCGGGCAAAGUGCCAGCCACAAAUGUUGAUUCAUCAGCCAAAUCAUCUCUGAGUCGACGUGUUCGCUCUCGAUCAAAAACUGAUACGCAAUCUGUGACCGAUAAAUCACUUUUCUCACGAUUAUUUUCAAAGAAGUCGAAAAAGCCGAUGGGUACACUAAUAACAACGACGACGAAGUCAAUCAAUUUAGACGUACCUAAAAUACGAUCAAAUACCAUUAAAGAGUCUUUAUCAUCAGGUCGACAACGAUCAACCAUUGAGGAACAAGACGAAGGAGCUUACGAUAACGACGAUAGUCGAAAUCUCUCAACCGGUUCUCUGUCAGAUACGGAACAUCCGGACGAAAAAGAUGAUGAAUUAGAUCUCAGUCAUAGUUCAAUGGCAAGCCGAUCGGACAGUCGAAAUAACAGUGGUCCAGGAAAGAAAUCCAAUUCAGGACACAAUCCUAUACCAACAUCGGACUCGCAAUAUUAUGCGUCAUUGUCAUCGGCACCAACCGGUUUCUCCAUUUCGUAUCACAAACGUAUGGCCAAAGGAAAUGAUGAUCUGCGAAUUCAAGCUGCCUUAACUCGUCUACAACAGCAACAAAAUAAGAAACGAACUACUGGGGGUGCAAAUCAAUUGACGUCACUUUUUCAAGAUCCAGCGCGAAUUGGUACUCAGAGCCCAACACCGAUGAGCGGAACAACUCGAGUUAAAACGUUCUCUGGUCAAACCAUAAUCACUCGAAAUAGUUCAUCAUCCGACCGACCAUCUACAUAUUUCAUUCGACCCUCAUCUAUGUCUCCCACACAUGAUGGUGAUGAAACAUUUGUCAGUGAUGAAGAAAUCUAUACCCAUUUCAUGAAAUGUCAUAAUUGCUAUGACAUCAUGCCGAAAAGUUCUAAACUCGUUGUAUUCGAUACACAAUUAGCUGUGAAAAAGGCGUUUUUCGCGCUGGUUUACAAUGGUGUACGUGCCGCACCCUUAUGGGAUACCAAACGACAGAAGUUCAUUGGCCUCUUAACUAUAACAGAUUUUAUUCUUAUUUUACAAAAGUAUUAUAAACAGCCACACGCAAAAAUCGAGGAAUUAGAAGAACAUCGUAUUGAAACAUGGCGCGAUGUUUUACGAGAAUAUGAAAAGCCGCUUUUAUACAUCCGACCAACUCAAACUUUGUAUGAAGCUGUGUGCCUUCUGCUGGAGAAUCACGUACAUCGUCUACCUAUCAUCGAUCCAGUGACCAACAAUGUUGUCUUUAUCUUGACGCACAAGCGAAUUCUUCGAUUCUUUUAUUUAUAUAUUUACGAUUGGCCACAACCAUCAUUUAUGUCAAAGUCAUUGGAAGAACUUAAAUUGGGUACCUAUGAUCGAUUGGAUAUCAUUGAAGAAACAUCAACAGUCAUUGAAGCACUAGGCCUAUUUGUCAGACAUCGUGUCUCAGCCCUACCUGUUGUGGAUAAAAACAGAAAAUUAGUCAACAUUUAUUCAAAAUUUGAUAUCAUCGGUUUAGCUCCAGAUAAAAGUUAUCGAAAUUUAGAUAUGUCAAUCAAUGAAGCAUUGUUUUAUCGAAAAGAGCGUUUUGAAGCCGUCGCAAGGUGUCAGAAGCAUGAAACAUUAUCAACAUGUAUCGAACGUAUCAUCAAAGCUGAAGUUCAUCGUUUAGUCAUUGUUGAUAAUGAGGAACAUGUCAUUGGCAUACUUUCAUUAUCUGAUAUACUCGAUUUUAUGAUCGUACGUCCAACCAAAUCAGAACGUUCGCCAUCCGAACCAACAUCGGCUGUUCCCAGUGAAGCAGCUGAAGAACUAGCAUAA